AUGCUAAAUCGUGUUAACUCGAGCUUUUAUCGAUCGACGAUUGCCGCUGGAACAGAACUUGAGAAACCUGAAUCUGUUCCUACAGGAUUGAAGUCGGAGUCCACUAGGAAAUUGGCUGGGCGUGAUGUGGCUUCUGGAAAAGAUGGAUUACCAUGUGGCUCAACAUUAUUCGGUUGCUUUUCACGGGAUGCUACUUCUAAUACCAAAGGUGAAGUAGAUGGUAAUUCUGGUAUCAAAGGGGAGACUGACCAAGAGUCUGUUGGAGACCUUGGUAUUUACAAUCCACCAACCAGUAGUUACAAUUAUUACUACCCAGAGUAUAAUGGAUCCUUCACACAAUUGGAUGAUCAUGGUUAUUUUCAAGCAGAUGGAUCUCAUAUGGUAUUGUAUCGGUUGAUCACAUCAGGGAUGCAAUCAGACAAUGGAUCACUAGUCUAUCAUUUACCUGGCUAUAAUCCAUAUGCUUCUGGGGCAGUGGUUGGGGUAGAUGGGCAAAGUUUUGGUCAACAAGCAUAUUUUUCUUCACCUGGAUACCUUCCACAUCCUGUUUUCUAUGGAUCAGAAGCCAUGCCUUGCUAUUCAUGGGAUUCAGUAUAUUUUAGUGAUGUCUCAAAUGGCAAUACUGGUUCUCAAAAUGGAAAAUAUGGAUCAGCUUCUACUUUUGCCAAGUCCAGUGGUUUUAACUCUAUGAAGUCUAAUGACAAUACUGCUGCGGUGUCUGCAUUGGGUUCUGAUUUCUCAGCAGGUCUCUCGAAAGGAUACCAUCCUGUAGGAAAUUUGCCUCCUUUUUCUAUCCAAAAACAUGGUCCAUUCCUGCAUAAUUGUCCUAUGAACUAUAGACAGAACGGAAGGAUAUGGAAUGGAAAUGAUAGAAAUAAAUCUGGAGACAGAUUCUAUAAAAACAGUGAUUUUGAAACCUCAAAUGAACUAACUUCUGGUCCUAGGGGCUCUAACAAAUUUCCUUCUCUGGAGACUGCUGUCAAGGAAGACUUGGGAAUCACUGUACAAAGAGAUCAGUAUAACAAACCAGAUUUUGAAACUAAGUACGCAGAUGCUAAGUUCUAUGUUAUCAAAUCUUACAAUGAAGAUGACAUUCAUAAGAGCAUUAAAUAUGAUAACAGAGAUCUUGAAAAUAAUGGUAGGCGGCCUGUAACUUAUAGCAGAGACACUCAAGAGAAGCAUAUAAAAGCAGGAGAUAGGAAAUGUGAUGAUGAUUUGACGAUCAAGAAAACUACUAAUCCCAUGACUCUUAUCAAUCUAAAGAAUAAUCUCUCUCUCCACGGCUACAAUCCAAAGAGUAACUAUGUAAAGAAGCCAAUAGAAAAUUCAAUUCCUGUUGUUCCUGUACCAUAG